AUGCCUGAUGGUAACCAAGGCUCAAUGAGUUCGAAUUCAACGAAAGUCUUACUAGGAUCUCAAUGGCUAGAAUCUCAACUUGCGGCAUCAAUUCCAACAAAUGAUUCAGAACCUAAAAGUCCAAUUCCAGUUUCCUUAGCCAUUUGUGGGGAUCUUUCAGAGUUUCGAAAAUAUAUUGGUCGAUAUCGAAAAUUGGAUGACUCACUUACACUUCAUCUCAAUCGAAUCUCAAUCCCAACACAAUCAAACACAAACUCGAAUCAAGCAAAGGAAGCCACUAUAGAGUGCUCCCAGUUUUGGGGAAUUCUAACUCAAACAUGGCUUAACCGAGAAAGUGUGAUCAGGUCAUGUAUUGACAUACUUGAAAGAUCUUUGAAAGUUAAAUCGGAUUCCAUUGAAAGGCCAUCUCUCGAUACUAGCGAAAAAGGUCCGAAUGAAACUCUCGAAAAAUCUCAAAGGAAAAGAGCCAUUGAAUCAGAAUUGUAUAAUGAGAGGUUAAAGCUUAAGAUGAUAUAUGACGAAUUGAAUGUUGAAAGUUUGAUCCGACAACAAAGUAUGAAAAAAUUCAAAUCAAGAUGUUCUGCAUCAAUUUUCUCAAUUCCAUCUGAUUCUCCUCCAUUGAAAUUAUCAACUUGAGUUUUC